GAUCACCUUCCAUAUUUAGAUACAAAUUACCAAGCUCAGAAACCACUUUCUAGUAUUUAAUCUAGAAAUAAAUUGGACAAGUAAUACUAAUGUUUUACUUCGACAAAAUUGCAAGUUUGGUCCUUGUGGUAUGUCAAAAAUUGGAUGUUUGGUCCAAAAAGUUUUGGGGUUGCACCGGUAGUCCAAAAGCUUUGAUUUGUUGUGGAAUUGGACCAAAGGCUUAACAGCCGUCUACCCCCUCCGUCUGUGUGAGGGUAUUUUUGUCAAUUCACGCCCAUUCUUUUGAUAUCUUAUUAAAUUAAACCUUAUCAUCUUAAUUAAUUGAUACCUACCACCAAAUCCUUUAUGCAUUUCGUCGAUUGACUCUCGUGUCACUUUCAUCUUCAUUCGUUACCCAGAAGCCUUAACCUCCAAGUUGAGUUUUUUAUUGUGAUCGGUGUUAUUUCAGUGUAUGAACAUACCAAUGUGGAAUAUAAGGCUCUUAGACAAACCAUUCAACGCAAAGGUGGCUUAUGAUGGCCACCGAACAUUAUUUACCAUCAAGUUAUACCAUGGAGGUGAGUUCACCAAGUUUCUUGAUGUUCAAUACAUUGACGGGAGUGUGAACUAUGUUGACAUGGUGGAUAUAGACACGUUUUCAGUUCAUGAGUUGGAUGCUAUCAUGAAAGGGUUUAGGUACGGUGUUCCUCCUGUGAUUUACUAUCACUUUCUUGUGCCUAGUGGAGAUUUCCACUUUGGUCUUAAACCCUUAGGCAAUGAUGAUGAUUUAUGA